AGAUAUUGGAGCGUUUUCCGAGCCUGUCGAUACGCGAUCACGUCGUCGCCGUCGUCGUACGCACCGCACCCCACGUGGACAUCGUCAUGCUUCAUGUUGUCACUCUCCUCUUGACAGUUGCCUUGACCUCAUGUCAAACUGUCACAGGAGUGACUAGUGGUACGGAUCCUCCACUCACCGAUGUGACAGGUCUACCCGUAGGUACCCCCAUAGGCACUGUAGGGACACCACUUACGGAAAUGACAAGAACCCCCAUAGGAACAGUAGGAACACCACUCACUGAAAUGACAGGAGGUCCAUCAACGCCAAUAUCAACAAGUAUCUCAUUGACUUCGCCAAGCACGGAAACCACAAGUGAACUUACAACAGUCACUAGCACAAACACUACCACUCCAUUUGUAAUUACGUUACCUCCCAUAGUCUUCCCCACCACAACCAGGCCAUGGAUUUGCGGGAACCCAGGAGAAACGGAUGUUUGUCAUUACUUGAACACAACGAUACAAUGUGAUGUUUGCGACAGAGUUCUUUGCCCGUCGAGUAAGAAAUGCGUCAAAACCCACGGAGCAUGUACUCCUAGCUGCAUCUGCAAGGUUGACACUGACAUUGAAGAUGAGCAUGGCAUAUGCAGAAACCCGUGCUACCAGAACCCAUGUCAAAACGGCGGAACUUGUGUGGUAGACGCCACCAAGCUCAAGAAGUACCGUUGUGACUGUACGAAUGAGUUUGAAGGCGACGCUUGUGAAGAAAUGCACAACUUCUGCCUUGAUCCAUCGCCAUCGUUCUGUCCUGCGGGACAGUACGCAUGCCAGAUGUUGGGAUUUCGUAAUUACACUUGCGAAUGUGCUCAGGGAUUUGUCUACGAUGUCAGCGGGAAGGAAUGUGUCAAGGUCGGCCAACGAGUCAACAUUACGCUCAUCUUCAGAGAUACAUACUAUGCAGAAUGGUAUAAUAAUGUUACUCACCCAGAUGCAAUCGCCGCGAAACGAAUUAUAACCAAGGCGUUCGAAAAAGUCUUUGGUAGCAACCUCAUCAGCCUCAUUUUUGGUAGAUUUACGGAAGGAUCUUUGAUAGCACAUUUGUUGCUAUUGCUUAAACUACAUGACAGCGGGGAAUUCCGAAAUAAUGAGCGUAUAUUUAAGCAAUUCCUCCUGGACUGCGAUACAUCGAACGCGGCGUGCUUCGACACUCUUGGAAAAGCAUAUCUCCCAUACGAUGGCUGGAUCGCGAGGGAUGAAAGAUGUGGAAACAUCAUCUGUCCGGAAUACACCGAAUGCGAAGCUAUCGACGGUCAACCUGGGAAAACCAAAUGUGUUUGUGCUAGCGGAUUCCAAGCAGUUGGGUCGAGAGUGGAUGACCAAAAUAGAACUAUAGAAAUCUGUGAAGACAUUGACGAAUGUGCGUUCUAUCCAUGUCCUACGGUCGAGGAAUGCAAGAAUACGCCGGGAGGUUUCAUUUGCACUCGGGAUCCCACUGUUGCGACAUGCCCGAGCGGAUCGACGAUUGUCGUUACCGGGCCCUAUUCCUAUAGGUGUGAAUGCAGUUGGAUUUAUGCUGGUUCUGAUUGUCGGUUCCCACUGACACUGAUUCUGCUGAUCCUUGCGUGUAUCUUCUUAUUAACGACGCUCUUCGUUGGCAUCUUCAUGUAUCUACAAAAGAAGCGGAAUCGAUCGGGAACAUACCAGCUGUAUUCCGUGCCAGAUGGAAUGUCCAGUACCAAAACGGUUGAAUCUUCAUGGAAAUAACACGAUUCUACCAUACGACCUCUUAGCUUGUACUUUAGGCAUCUUGGUUUUGAUUUUUUGGAUACUUUGUGUUCCUAGAACCUCGUUUUGCCAUUCUUUCAUGCUAUGUGCCUCAUUUGUAGUCUUCAAGAUUCAUGUACGUAUCCAUGUAAGUACAACUGUUUUAUGUUGUUUUACGAUUCCAAUAAAUUAUAU